UCGGCUCCCGCUUCGAUCAAUGUUCUUGCGCCGAAUUGUUGUGCCACCCCUGAGAACCUGGUGGCGAUCGACGCGUCGUAUCACAAGGAUUACGUGGAUGCCCAUUUUUUGCCGGUGGGUCCAUUUUUCGCUUCGUUGGAAACUGUUUUCUGCGUGCCACGUAGAAAAGGUGCCAGCCCCUGGCUCGCGCUGUAGGCCUAGGCCUCACGCGCACGACGGAGUGUAGGCAUGGCCUCCGGCUCAGCUGUUGAAGGCAUGGAGAUCACCCCGGAGGAAGAUAUCGGAUGGAUGACAGCCAUCACUCGCCGAAGGAGACGCGCAUUAGCCGCUGGCGGGAAAUCCGUGGCUAUAAAGGAUACCAACCAUGGCGGGAAAGGUAGUCGCCGCACGGCCACCUCGCAGAACGUGCUUAAGCGCGUCGCUACCGCCUCUAGGAUCCCGAUGCUACCGAGGGAUCACAUCAAGAUAAUUGUCCGCCCCCGUGGCGGCCUCGACGUUAAAAAGUUCAGCCUGGUGCAUCUCUCCAGAGCGCUGGCCAUGGCAGCAGCCUUAGCGCCGGAAGACACGACGGAGGACACGUACUGUCCGAACGGCUGUCAGAACAUCUUGGUGGUAUCGACUCCGCGGGAAGAAAACGCAAGAGCUUACGCCAAGGUACGCAAGAUCCAUACGAGGGAUGGACCCUUCGAAGUGGCGGCCUACACCGCAGCAGGAGAAGAUACAUGUAAGGGUGUUGUUCGCGGUAUCGACCUGGACAUUAGCGACGCGGAACUGAAAACCCUUUUCGUCAAUCACCGAAAUCCGGGCCUCGUCGAGGUACGUCGGAUCAAGCAGACUACAACGGUGGUGGUACUUUUUGAAGGACAAAGAGUGCCAAACCACGUUAUUUGUGGUAACGUACUCAUGCCCUGUUAUCUCUACCGACGACAGAUAGAUGUGUGCUACGGCUGUGGUGAAAUCGGACAUAGAUCCGACGUGUGUCCCAAUCCGGCAAGUGUUAGAAAGUGUAGGGGCUGUGGAAUCACUUCCCCACCUGAAGACCAUCAUUGCGAUCCCAAGUGCGCUAUUUGCGGUGGCGCACACCCAACUGGGGACCGAAAAUGCAGCCGAAGAUUCCAGAUGCCUUACAUUGUGAGGCAAAGGCGUCGUAGGCGCCAACGACAGCAAGCACGCUGUACACAGGUGGCCGAAGACAUUGAAGACAGCAACAAUUCCCAGCGCAAAGGGGUCAUGCUAGAAAACGACGCCAACUUGCGCUCUCGCACGAGAGGACGCUCCAGCUCACGAGGGCGCUCCCGCUCCAGGGGGCGUUCUCGAUCCAGAGGACAACCCAGCUCUGGAGAAUCUUCUGGUGUUGACCCGCAACCCCGAGGACCUGGGUCAAGAUCGAGGUCCCGUUCACAGUCGACCCCAAGAGCAACCUGGGCCGAUCGAGUCAAGAACGGAGGCCUUGGGAAACCAGCACAACCGACAAGGGCAAGGUCCAGGAGUACUAAUGUGAGGAGGACUGGAGUCGGCGCAUAUCCAGCGAUGUCCUCCAAGAUCAACUCCUGGCCGUCCGGAGAGCUCACGACAUCGGGAAAGCCUUUGGCCUACCGGUGCCUACGUGGGCGGAGCCACCAACAUAGCCCGGGGGCUUGUGCCCUCGGACCCUAGUUUCUCUGGACUAAAAUAAAGUUCUUGCCAUGCCAUGC